AUGCCACAGCUAAAGGUAUUCUCAUUGGAGAUUUGUCGACUUCGCUCUAGACACCGGCACCGUACCUCUGAAAGUUGUGGAGCAAAACGUCCUCGUCUGAUUGGGUCCCAAUGGAACUCAUACCACCAGCAAUAUCAACUUAGUAUUCAGAAAGAAGUGGCAUCUCUACUGUUGGGUGACGAAAGGCCUAUCGUCGAGUGCUCUUUCAGGGUCAUUGAAUGGCUUAAGCUGCGAACAGCAUUGCUGUUCAAGGACCAGCUUUUGGUGCCCAAGGAUGUAAAGAGCAUGGUGUUGCAGUGUGGUUUACGGGCCAAUCGAACUUACGCCAUGAACCCCCGACGGGUGUACGAGGGCUUGUCGUUUGUACAGCCAAAGAAGGGGAUACCACUGAUGGCCCAUCGCCAGCCCAGUGUUCUUGUCUUGGGCAUUGAUUCCAUGUCGCGAGGCAAUCUGCGACGUGUCCUGCCCAAAGUUAGCGACUUUCUCGGUGGCAGGCAUUGGCACGAAAUGCGAGGCUUCAACACAGUGGGGGACAACAAUCUUACGAACGCAGAUAGUUUGUCGUUCGUGUGGAAGGACUUUAAGAGUGCCGGCUACGUGACUGCAAUGUCUGAAGACAGUCCGGAGAUCGGCAGGUUCCAGAGUCCACCCGUCGACCAUUAUCUUCGGCCUUUGCCUAUGCCCAAACUCAGCCGCUGUCAACGUAAACGAAGCAGCAUGGAACAUACCCUGGAUUACUGCACUCAGCUGAUCGAACGAUAUGUGAAGGACACUAAGCCGUUCUUUGGAUUCUUCUGGACGAAUUUGUUUUGGUCCGAAAGCUAUGCCGAACCGUUGGAAAAUGAUGAGGAGGUGUAUGACUAUCUGAACAGGUUCGAGGCAUUGGGACUCUACGAAGAGGCCAUUGUAGUUGUCCUCAGUGAUCAUGGGAAGCAGUUUGGAAAUCUGAUUCACCUUCGCGAUGGUCAUUUGGAGGAACGUCAGCCCAUGCUGUUCAUAUCACUGCCAAAAUGGUUCCGGCAACGCCAUCCAGGGUUUGUCAAUGCCUUGCAGUUGAAUAGCCAUCGCUUGUGCUCUCCCUACGAUCUCCAACUGACUUUGAAACAUAUAUCCUCGCUACAGGGCGCGCACGAGACUGUACUUGCGAGUCCCCCGUCAUGUCCUCGCUGUCAGAGUCUGUUCUAUCCGCUGCCAGAGAUUCGAACUUGCUCAGAGGCGGGCAUCGGGCCACAUUGGUGCUCCUGCGAUGCGUAUAGACCGCUGCCACUGAGCGACAAUAUUCAGACCAUGGCACACUUUGUGGUUCAACGAAUUAAUCAAUUUUUAACCGAUCUCAGUCUAACGAAUCGGUGUAGUAAGCUCCGUUUGUCUGGCAUUAGACGGGCCCAGAGGAAAGAGAGAUCCCCGCAUGACGAUCCCAAUGUGUGCCACUAUCGAAUUAAACUGGAAGCCCUGCCCAAUACGGUGGUAUUUGAGGCCACCGUGAGCUAUAACGAGCUGACGCAUCUGAUGGAUACGGACAUCAAUACGGAUAUCAGUAGACAAAAUUCUUUUGAUCGGGAUGGCAGUUGCAUUCAGCACAAAAAGGCGCAGAAGUUUUGUGUGUGCCACAACAGGAUAACUACUAAUUAG